AGAUAGCGCGAAGAGCGAGAGGGAAGGGAGGGAGGGAGAAACAGAGGGCAAAACCCAAACCCUAACAAUCAUUUCCAGGCCCCCGCCCCGCGUCUCCAGAACGUUCCAGAACCUUCGAGGAACCUUCCACAGGCGAGCCCUCGCUCCCCCGCCCGGAUCUCCCCAUUUCCCUCCGGCCAGUGCGGCGGGAUCCUGACGCUGGCGCUGUCUGGUGGGGUUUCGUGCAGGAGCAGGCGCGAGCGCGGGUGUUUGGAUCGGGGGAGGCAACGCUGGCGGCGCGCGGCGGCGGCAGGUGAUGGCGGAUCCGCCUGGCGGUGGGGGAUCUAGGGUUUGCGUCUGCGGGGGGAGACAGGUCGAGGCGGCGGCGGCGGCGGGGCUGGGGCUCGGGAGAAGAGAGCAGGGGAGGGAGGGAGGAUGCUGAGCGUGGUUCGGGUGCACCUGCCGUCGGAGAUCCCGAUCGUGGGCUGUGAGAUCACGCCCUAUGUGCUGCUGCGGCGGCCUGACGGCGCAGUCUCCACCGACGACGUGCCCGAAACCGCGCCCAACGAUGGCCAGUAUAUGCGAUACAGAUGGUAUCGCAUACAGAGCGAUCGGAAAGUUCCCAUCUGCAGUGUACAUCCAAUGGAGCAAGCAACAAUUCAGUGCCUAGGCUGUCUCAAGUCAAAAAUACCUGUUGCUAAGAGCUACCACUGUUCAGCUAAAUGCUUCUCUGAUGCAUGGCAGCACCACAAGGUUUUGCAUGAGCGAGCAAGUAGUGCUUUAAAUGAAAAUGGAGCUGAAGAAGAGGAGUUAUUUGGCAGAUUUGGCAGUGGUGGUUCUGGGGUUUUAAGUACUGCUGGGUCUGGUUCAUUGUCAAAUUUUGGACAGAGCCCUGCUGUUAAUAAUGGGCCUGUGCCUUUAUAUGCCUCAGGCACUGAUAAGAACUCUGGAGAAACUUGGUUUGAAGUUGGACGCUCGCGGACAUAUACACCGACGGCUGAUGAUAUUGGGCAUGCACUAAAAUUUGAGUGUGUAGCUGUGGAUGCAGAGAAAAGGUCUCCAAUGGGACCUCCGACUUCAAUUAUGACAUCUCGUGUAAUCCCCGCACCAACCCCCACCCCACGUCGCCUUAUCCAAGUGAAUGGGGAUGUUUUAGGUCACUUGGAUUUAGACAGCCAAACUUCGUCAUCAGGGACAUUCACUGUACUGUCCUACAAUAUUCUUGCUGAUGCAUAUGCUACAAGCGAUGCGUAUAGCUACUGCCCAACAUGGGCACUUUCCUGGACUUACAGAAGACAAAAUUUGUUGCGUGAAAUUAUUGGUUACCAUGCUGAUAUCAUUUGUCUUCAGGAGGUACAAUUAAACCACUUCGAAGAUUUUUUUGCACCUGAGCUUGACAAACAUGGAUAUCAGGCGCUUUACAAGAAAAGGACAACAGAGGUGUAUUCUGGAAAUCCUAUGGCCAUUGAUGGGUGUGCUACUUUUUUCCGCAGAGACAAAUUUUCACAUGUUAAAAAAUAUGAGGUUGAGUUCAAUAAGGCUGCACAGUCUUUAACAGAUGCAAUUAUUCCCGCUGCUCAGAAAAGGGUGGCUUUAAGUCGAUUGAUUAAAGACAACAUUGCACUAAUUGCGGUUUUAGAAGCCAAAUUUGGUAACCAUGGAGCUGAAAAUCCUGGUAAAAGGCAGCUCCUUUGUGUGGCAAAUACACAUAUAAAUGUCCAUCAAGACCUAAAAGAUGUGAAGCUUUGGGAGGUUCAUACCCUCCUAAAAGGAUUGGAGAAGAUAGCUGUCAGUGCAGACAUUCCUAUGUUGGUCUGUGGAGAUUUCAAUUCAACCCCUGGGAGUUCUCCACAUGGGCUUCUUGCAGUGGGUAAAGUUGAUCAGCUGCAUCCAGAUCUGGCCAUAGACCCCCUUGGAAUUUUACGCCCUCCAAGCAAGUUGAAUCAUCAGCUUCCUCUGGUCAGUGCAUAUUCUUCUUUUGCAAGAAUGGUAGGUGUUGGCUACGAUUUAGAGCACCAGCGGAGAAGGAUGGACCCAGCAACGAAUGAACCGCUCUUCACAAAUUGCACGAGAGAUUUUACUGGGACUGUCGAUUAUAUAUUUUACACAGCGGAUUCAUUGACGGUGGAGUCGUUAUUGGAACUUCUAGAUGAGGAAAGCUUGAGAAAAGACACGGCUCUCCCUUCACCUGAGUGGUCAUCAGAUCACAUAGCGCUUUUGGCCGAGUUCCGGUGCAAGCCUAGAAUCAGACGGUGAUGUGCUAGGUCUUGUACAAAAGGUUAACGUCAGCAUCGUUGGUGCCUUGGUGGUGGAACACUCUUCCAUGGUGGAACUUGAGGCUUGGCGGAACGCGGGCCCUCGGUGAAGCAAGCAGCCUUAGGAAGCGGCCUCGGGAAGAGGAGGCUUGUAACGUUGAUUUUACCUUACAUUUCGUCAGCUCAUGAUAUUUGAGCUGCCCCUGUGUACCAUUACUUUCUAUAGAAGAAAAUACUUGAGAGAAAUAUUUAACAGCAACAGCUUGUAAGCCUCUUCCUUUCCCUUUCUUCAACUUUGAUCUCCUUCCAUUU